AUGGUCUCUCGAGAAACUAUCCUUGCUCCGAGGGAAGCUGAAGGUGUCACUGACAUCGCGGACUCGUCGUCCCAUACAGAAUCCUUAUUCGACGAGGCUCAGGCCAUUAAGGAGAAUCCAAAUGAGAUGGCACGGGCUACAGACGAGGUCCUCAACAUGUUCUUUGACGGUGUGGACAUGGGCGCAUUGGAGGAUUAUUCCAAGUUUGGUCAUUUAGAGAUCCUGAAAAAGGACGUGUCAUUGGGAGAAGGCGAGCCGAGCUCGAGCCCAAAGCUGCUAUCUUUGUUGCCUGGUGACCGAAGAGGACCAGGUGAAGAUGAAAAAGUCAGCCAGCUCGAGUUUGAGCUCAAGGAGCAAGUCUGGCAGAAGGACAUGUACAGGGUUCUCGGCGAGCAAAAAUAUGAGGCCCUCGAGGAUCUCCCUGUUCUUCAAGCUGAGCUAGAAAAAGCUCAAAGGGAGGCUUUGUCUGUGAAGUGGGAGCAUGCCGAACUGGUCGAGAAGCUUCGGGCCGAGAUGAACGAGCUCAAAACUUUGGCCGAGACGCUGAGGAGCAGGAUGGACCUUCUGGCCUCAGAAAAUGAGGCUACAAAAGAGGAGUUGGCAUUGGUCAAGGACCAGCUCCGGGUGGCAAAGGAUAAGGCCGACAAGUGGGAUUGGGUAAAUGACGAGCUUCGAGCACAACUGGAUUCAGCUGUCUCGGAAUGGGACAACCUCGUUCGGGAAUAUACUGCGCUCAAGUCCAAGUUAGAGGCAGCAUCGAUUAAUUCCUCUGAAGUCGAGGAAAUGUCGGCCCAAUACAAAACCGAUGUGGAAAUAGCUGAGGCCCGCUUAAUAACAAAGGCCGAGUAUGUAAAGGGGUUAUCCCGGAGGGAGACUCUCGAGGAGAUUCAUGCCCGGGGGUUUGAUCUGUCGGCCGAGAUUGAAGAGGUCAAGAGGCUUGAGAUCGAGGCAAAAAGGCUAUAUGAGCCCAAAGGUUCCGGUGUUGAGUCGGGCUUUGGUGAAGAUUAG